AGUUUGGAGUCUCUGUGUUUGGACUUUCUGAGGCGCGUUGUGGAAUCCUGUGGAAUUUCCCCACAUGAUUAUUUGGACAGUGGCAUCUGGCUUGGCAGGGUGAGGUGCAGCCCCUUGUGCGAGGUGCAUGCACUACUGCCCAGUGCUGGCAUCCCUUGGGGAUUGGCAUAGAGACCUCAUUUGGGAUGAGUUUAUGAUGUCAGACUUUUCCAGUGAGGCAGCUGCUGCUGGGGAGCAAAGGGCUCAGCCUGCCUACAUAAGGAUUUGGGUAGGGCUGUGACUAUAGAAGGGCGUGGAACAGAGAAGGAAAGAGCAAAGACUGCACCUGCACAUUAUCCUGCAUGGACACGUAAAGGAAGGAUGUGGCUUCCGCUCACCGCCCCGUGCUGACUGUUGCUGACUUUUGCUGAUUUUGCUUCCCAGUGGCUGACCAUGCCAUGGAAGUCAUGGUGCAGAUCUGCCCUGGAGGUGGAAAAGAGAAGCAGCUACCUGAUGUUGGAGCUUUCCCUGUUCUAGACAAGCAGAGCACAGUGUGUCAGCAGCAUGGCAUCCUCCCAUGGCUGCAAACAUCCACCUGCCUUCCCUCCUGCAGAAUGCCAGGAGGGGCUGAGCUUCACAAAGAGCUUUUGUUGAGGCUUUAGACCAGGAGGUUGUUAUGCUGCAGUGCUGAUUCGCCAUGUUGUGAGUGCUCCGUGGGAGCUGACAUGUUGCAUAUCAGUUCUGGCUGCUCACUGGGGGUGCCCCUCCCCUGGCUCUGUUGGAGGUGGCUUUUGGGCUGGCCUGCUCUUGAGAACUGGGACUAAUUGCAAAUUUUACCAGAAAUGUAAUGAGGGAACAGAAUGUUUUCUGAGGCACACUAGGUCAGGCAAUGUGCUCCUUGCACUAACAUAGGAUCUGAUGGUCCAGGGUGUUAGAAAGGGGUGCACUUGUGUAUUUGGUGCCUCUGAGUAUAUCCCUGCUGGGAUUUUGUUCACCUGCUUGGCCCUGCUGUUUCAAAGCUCUGGGACAGUGCUUGUGGUCAGCAUGUCCAACAGGACAGUAGCAGCUUCCCUCCAGACAACCUCCAGCUGAGGCUGUGCUGGGGAGAGGGGCACACAGUCCCCAGCAGUGGGCAGUGCCUUCUCCUUCACCCAGAGUUUCCUGGAACUGCAGAGCUUCCAAGAAGUCCUGUGGCAGAGAAGCUGAGGGUAGAAUUGCCCAAGGUCUCCUGCCUGCUGUGAAAGUGUUGACCAUGAGCUCCUGCUCAGAUUGAUUCUCCUCCUUGCCCUCUUCCAGGCAUCAAAGCUGCAGUGCGGGUGGUUUACAACCACAAGAGAGUUGCGUUUAUCUGCGAAUCUUCAUACACAAAGGGCGCCUCUGAGCAGAGCUGCUGUGAAGACUAAAGAGCUGGAGAGGACGUUGCAGAGGUUUGGAGGCACACCGUGAUGGUGGGAGCCAUUCCACGGCAGCCACGCCGCUUCUGGGGGGUGCCUGGCUGGCAAGUGUCUUCAGCUAGUUGUGCCAACGACCGCCCACUGUGGGACAGGGAGAUUGAUCCGGAGUGGAGUGGGAUUCUGCUGCAGAGAGACAUUUCAGGGUUUAUCAAUCCAGACAGCUCAUGGCCACAUCUGAAACAUGGUGAAAAUUAAAAUCAAGGCCUUGUGCAGCAUGAAGGUGGUUGACUCCUCCAGGCAUGCAAGGAUGGGUGAUAUGGAUAGUACAGGGGUGGAUGGAUGGUGCAGGAGUCCAUGGUGGUCUCUGCAACCCCUGGUGCUGCUCAGUUGCUCAUCCAUGUGGUUGAGGACUCUGGUCCAAGCUAUCAGAGCUAGCUGUGAUAAUUGUUAAGAUUCCUCUGGUUGCACAGGCAGGUUCCCAUCCCUACUGUGGAGCUGGCAGCCUGAGACAGCCUGCGUCCUUUGGCGCAUGCAGCUGGCACAGGUUUUCUUGGCAAGGACUCACAGAUUUGGUUGCUGGUGCCUGAUGGGGUGGUCACAGUCUUGAGCCCCUGGGACUGGUCUGACCUGCCUUACUCCUGCACUCCAGAGCAGUAGGAGAAUGUCAGGUCCCCAGCAGAGGGCAGUCCCUCUUCUCCUUACUUGUAGAAACUUGUCCACAAUAGCCUCCAGUCCUGCUGCGGAAUCCUCUUUGUGUCAGCGCUAAUCCUGCAGAGCCCCAUACUGGGGGGCUCACCUGGACAUCCUGAGCAAGAGGUCUAGCUCCUGCCCUCUCAGCAUCACCUGUGGCACUUUACUGUCCCCUUCCUGCUGCUGCAUGGGCUGUCCUGACUCCAACUCCACGUGGAGUCCAGCCAAGUAAGGCUCCAUGCGGCACAUCCACACAGAGACGUCCCUGCCCCCGGAGCGCAGCACUGACUCCAGCCUGUCCCGACCCAGUGGAGAGGCAGCCUUGGAGCCUUCCUCACAACACUGUGCCCACCACGGCAUCCUCAUGGGCUACAACGAGACAGAGAUCAAGCGCCAGAAGGUUUACCAGGUUUCCAUCUUCUCCCAUCUCUCCAGCUCCUCCGAGAGCACGGAGCAACGAGCAGGCAGUCAUCCGACUCUCAAGAGGGGCUACCCUGAGCAGCGAACUCCAGAGGGGUUGCGGGAUCCCAAACGAACUCACUGGGGUGGUGGGGUGGACAGCAAGCGUGAUGGGGGCUUGGGGCAGGCUGCCCUGGAGGACGAUGAUACCUUUGAGGAUGGUCUGCUGGUGGACGAGCUCUCUCUGUGCGGCUCUGCCCAGCACUUCUCCCACAGUGGGCUCCAGGUGGUGGAGCAUCGGUGUGUGAGCAGUCCCAGUCCUAAGGCCAAUAGAGAGGACAAGCCGCAAGAUACCUCCUCCUUCUGGCCACAGCACAUUGCUUGCAGUACUUUGCACACAAGAGAUAGUUGCCCGGUUCCACCGGGGAAUCAGCUUGCAGACUGCUGGGAGAAUGGGGAGCGAAUGAGUGACCAUAACCUACCUGACCUUGAUUUGCACAAUAUUGCACAAAAACCCCAGGUGGACUGUGGUGGGAGGGGAGAGAAGCCAGGCAGUAGCCCCGCUCACAGCUGCGGGGCUGGCGAAGCAGAGGAAUGGCCGGUGGUGGCUAAUGGGUGCAAGGAGCCUCUAGCCCCACAGAUGUUACUCAGCCCUGAGCCUAGCAACCUGAGCUCCCAGGAAAAGACACCUUGUGGGAACAGCAGCAGCAGCAGCAGCAGCAGCAGCAGCAGCGGCAGCUGCCCAGCCAAAAGGAAGUUGCUGCCAGCUGGUGAGAUUAUGUCUGACUCCUGCUCCGAAGAUGAGAGCCUAUCCCAGCUAGUGAAGAAGAAGAGAGCCCUGCCUUGCCACCCAGUGCCCACAGCCUGCCGCAGCACCGAUGCCAAGGGAGCCCCUUUCUGGAAUCACCUGCUUCCCACAGCCAAGGUGAGUGUCACUGCAGGGGCAGGAAGAGGCAGGAAGUGUCCUGGGCUGUUCUUUUUGGGCAUGUAGCCCACAGUGGCAUGGCAUUACGUAUUGUCCCAGUGGCACAACACAGGCAUGAGAAG